AGAACGCAGCCGCCUCGCCAGUCAGCAAAUCCACAGGGCAGACACACGCUGCUGCUCAGACCCAGAGGGAAGUGUCAGCACUAUUUGUCAGUCAUGGCACCGGGAUCUCUCCAGGUGAACCUCGGCCCGAUGAUAUGAUAUCAGAUGGUCGGACAUCAUGUUGGAUACAGAAGGCCAGUGGUCUGAGGCGUUGGCGAGCAACAACGUCAGAGCCAUCAUACGCUGGCUGCGGACACUUGAAGGUGACGUCGACAAGGAGGAAAUCCUACCGACCUUCAGCUGCUGGGUGCAGCGGACGUCAGAGUUUACCAAAAAGGAGUUGUUAACAUUAUGCUUCAGUCGGUGCCAGAGUCUCUGGAUGUUCCUGGACCGCAGCUCUUUCACCCGAGUUCACAUGCUGCUCCAGAGACUGAGGAACCUGCUCACGCUGGCAGAGUGGGCGAGACGACAGCUCGCCUCAGCCCACCUCUGGCACGGUGUGGGGGUCCCGUGUGGGAUCUGCAGGGACACGCUGAGCUCCUCAGACGUCAGACAAGGUUGCUGGGGUCGAGAGCACAGGGCUCUGAAGCAGCAUAUCUGGCUGGGGCGGCUCGUUCAGUGGUUCGGCAUCAUGGGGCUUCUGCCCAAGCUCCCUGAGGCCCAUGAGGUGAAGCGGAUCUCUCAGAUGUGGAAGGAAAUGGAGCACAACCAUCAGAAAUCUUGUCUGGAGACACUUGGAUGGGAGGAGGAGGAGGGAGGAGGAAGAGGGCGCUCUUUCAUACAGGGUCUGGUGACUGAGCUGAGCAAAAAGCACUGGUGCGUUUGGGCCUCCGAGGACUGCAGAGAUCAGCGCUAUCCUCCUCCAGAUCUGCAGGCCCUGCUGAAGCUGGUGCUGGUGCCUCGUAUCGACAACCUGUCAGUGCAGGCAAUCCUCAUGUACUUUAUUCUGGACAUGGCGAGUUUCCUGCAGUGCAGAGACGACCUCCUCCGAUCUUUCUGCCUCGCGUUCACAAUCCCUGCCGGCUUUUCCCAACAAAUCCGGGCCUUCUGGCUGCUCGACCAUGGACACGUCAAGGCCUCCAUGGAGCUGCUGCUGAGCCCAAGGGCCGCUGUGCCCUGGCUGCCGUGGCAACACCGCUGCAUCAUCCACUGUCUCCUGACAAGGAAGCAGCCGUCUUCAGCACUGAGGUACCUCCACUGGGCCAGACCUGCGAUAGAGAGCGCUGAAGAUGCCCAGCUGUUUGUAGAUGUACUACUUCAGAACAGUUGUGUCUCAGCGGCCUGGGAUCUGCUGAGGAGAGGCCACACAGAGAGCGAUGACGCGGCCACGUACUUCCUGCAAGUGUGCAACAGAUUUGGUCUGUGCACAGAGGCUUUGAAGUGCAUUCCUGCAGGAUGCAAUGCUGAAGGAGACAAUGGGACUAAGAGUACAGGGAUGAAGGAAGCAGGAAGGCCACCCUGUCCACUGUCUGCCAAACUGUAUCAGGCUCAGAGCACAGUGUCUCCAGGGGAACUUGUCCAGCUGGUCAGAUUUGCUGCGAUGGAAGUGAGAAAUCCCCGUCCACAGAUAAGUGAGCUGGUGUGGCCAGAGCACGCUGAGAGAAAAUCAAACAGCAGAGACAUGUUUCUGUCUACUCAGACUCUGAGUCUUCUCACGCCCGGCUCAUCCCCCAUGGACCUGACAGAAGAGCAAACAGCACAUACAGAGGAAUCCGGAGAGGAGCUAAUCCAUAAUCAGCAACACGAGACACACAAGCACUCGUCUUCCUGCAAGGAGCUGACCUGUGAGUCUGUCUCCUCCUUCCCCGCGUCCUCCUCCCUGCCUCUGUUGAGACGGGGUUGUCCUCACGUGUACGAGAGCACCUUGACUCUGCAGAGGAUCUCGUCUCUUCUCACCGACAGUGAGUACAAGAGCGUGGGAGACGAUGAAGAGGAGCGCAGACCCCCGUCGUCUGUUGAUGUCUUGCCAGAUUGCCCUGAGCUGCUGCCGACACCAGAUGGUGCCACAGACCUCGUAUCCCACAGCAACUGGAAGAGAGGCGCUUCAGCGGAGCGGGUGCUCUCAGCAGAGGAGGGAGAACAUGUAGAGACGGGUGUUUUCUCAAGUGAGGAUUCUACCGGUGGUGAUACCGUUUCAGGACUGACCAUGGACGCAACUCUUCCUCCAGAUAAGAGCAACGGAAUCAGCCAAUCACAUCCAUCCCUCUGUGAGGCCAAGCUGGAGGGUCACAGUUUCCUAUCACAUGACUUUGGCAUCACUGACCCGUGGAGCACCGUGAUGCCACAAGACGACCAAUCAGAUUGCAUCGCUUCUCAGAUUUUCAGUUUAUGUGAAGAAGCCAUAUCUGACUGUUUUGUGGAAGAGGAUUUACAUCAGAAGGAGGAGGCACUGGGCUGCUUCUCUCAGGAUCCCUCCUGCUCCCUGUGGACUGACCUCCAUCACGGUCCUAUGUUAGAGCAGCCUACAGCCACUGGGGCCUCUGGAGAUCUAGUAAAGAUGGGGGUACAGGACAGCCCCCGCCUCUCUCCUGUUUGCAGCCUUAUCUCAACCAGCUCUGCUCCCUCUGAAACCUCAGACAAGAGCCCACACACAACCCGAUUGAAGACGGAUGACCCCUGUGUCCGGAGCACCUCAGCCGGGCCAGAUCACUGCAAAGUGGGCCGGGGGAGACAAGACGCCGAGACUCGCGGAGCCUCCAGUGGCCUCGUCUCUGCUGCAGAGCCAGGAGCUGCUUUCACACCAGAUAAAUCAAGGGCGUUAAACCAGCCCUAUUCCUACAGUCUGCUCACCUUCAUGGACUUCACUGCAAAUCUACAAGGAGACAAAAGAGGAGGCAAACAGGCGGACAAAGAGGAGCCUGCAGGCUGGAGCUCGGGGAAGGCGUCGCAAGGUGCCAUGAGGAGUGGGAGAACAAGAUCGAGGAAGGGAAAACGAGUGAAGAGGGCCUGAUGUGCAUGUCGCUGAAAGAAUAUAUUUUUGUAUCACCAUGUCAAAUCUUUUAACUUUGAUUAAUCGGCCUAAAGAAAUAAUAUAGUGAUGAAGUCAUCCUGAGUGAUUAUUUUAGAGCCUUUGGAUAUUUUCUCUUUCCGAUGUGCUCCAUAUCUUCUUCCUCAUCAAUCACCUGCUCACAUUGUUUUCUGACAGCGCCCAGAGAUGUCGUCCUGCCACACCCUUUUCCCGUCCCCUGUAAAAACCACAUUAGUCCGAAACACUCACUCUUUAAUAAAUCUCUCAGGAAUUAUUAA